CAUGAGCACAUUGCAACAUAGGAGUCCCCUCGUUGGCUAUUUAAAGCGAAGAUGAGAUAGAAGUCCCCUUCUUCUGUGCCGUCUCCAAACCCUCCCCUCGUCGUUCUCUUUCCUCCGAUCCAUGGCUUCCCUCGACACCGACAUCAAUAUGGUCCCUGCCGGGGAAGGGUCCAGCGGCGCCGUUGGGCCGUCGGCGGCGCCGUCCUCCUCCACCUCGAAGAAGCCAAAGAGGUUCGAGAUCAAGAAGUGGAACGCCGUUGCCCUCUGGGCCUGGGACAUCGUGGUGGAUAACUGUGCUAUUUGCAGGAACCACAUCAUGGACCUCUGCAUCGAGUGCCAGGCUAAUCAGGCGAGUGCCACCAGUGAAGAGUGCACGGUGGCUUGGGGUGUCUGUAAUCAUGCCUUCCAUUUCCAUUGUAUCAGUCGCUGGCUCAAGACUCGUCAAGUUUGUCCUUUGGAUAACAGUGAGUGGGAGUUCCAGAAGUAUGGUCAUUAGAACAGUUGCUCUCUGCUGAAGAACCUCUGUUGAAGAUGCUUCCUUGUUAGUUUGAAUCCUGCUGUAGUAAGUAUCCAGAUUAAAACCUGUUAUUUGCCUAGUGUUGCAUCGAUGUGGAUUAUUUAUAUUCGUUGGUUUAAGUUGUUCACCCUUAUGAUGGACUGGUAUUGUUGCAAAAUUUCUAGAUUUGAAUUGAUUCUCUCGA